UUGUUACACACAGGAGCCAUUGGGUGUGCGCUCGUCUCCGUUGUCAUAGAGCUGAUUUCUUUCGUGUUACUAUCUUUCGUUCACUCGUUUAUCGUUUUCUCGACAAAAAAAAAUUGUAAAUGUUUUUAUUUUAAACGGAUCCCCCCCCAAUUACCGACGCCGACCACAUGAUACGAGCACUUUUAUCUCUGUGGUCACCCGCCGCCGGCAGCGCAAGGAUAGUAGACGAGGCACAUAACCAGAACCAGCACCAGAUUCCUCGCCCAGCCGCACAGAUGAAUCGCCAGAAUCAGGCUUUCCUUUACCUUCGUUCCCGCCACCUAACGCGGUAUCCCCGCAUGAUUGCCCAGAUGCUGGCCGGUCGCGGGGACUUGCCCAAUAUGCUGGGCCGCGUGCAGCCGCCCAUUCAACAGGCGCCUGUGUUCCAGGAUCCAGACUUGAGCGAAUCGGAGCCGGACGAGGAUUUCUUUCUGCGGCCCAAUGGCGCUGCCUACACCGUGACCCGCCGCCGCACCAACUUCACCCUGCUGCGCACUGGCAUCGAGGAGCCCAUCAGCCUGCCCAUCAUUUGGCAGGCCCUGGAGGCGCUGGAGAAGCGCAAACGCCGAGCGGACGCCGCCAAGAGGAAGCAAAGGGCCAGCGGCCUCGAAGUUGCGGCUUUCGAUUCCGCCAAGUUUGUGGCCCAGUUCCUGGCCAAAAAUCUGACCAUGGAAGUCUUCAAUGCGGGCAAUCAUCCCAGCUAUGGGCCCUCCAGUUCGCGACAUCCACCGACAGCAGGAGCAGCUGCUGCCAACUAGCUGCUCGGUGCACAAAAUUUCCCAUCCCCCCCAUGAGGACUAAAAACUGCAACGAAAAUUCCCCGUAAUUUCCCUUCAAGCAUCUCGGACCCAAGCCAGAAACUGGCACUAAAAUUCCACAGACAAUUAAUUGAUUCCAGAAUAAAAUAGAGCACAGCACGA